UUGCUAAAAUGACAGCUCAGCUCGCCCCUCAUCUAUCACACAAAAGCGCUCUUGUAUUACUGCCCUCUUCGGCCAUAACAUCACCCAUUGAAUUGGUGCGGCGUGUCCACGAUAGGCACUUCAGACGCUGGCCGCCACACAUCAACCUCAUCUACCCGUUCCUUGCGUUCCCUUCAGAGAAACAAGAGACCGACGAUGCUCAGAACGCUGCCUCGCCUCAAUUGAAACAGCAUAUAAGACAGCGCAUUGAGAAGGCAUUAGCGAACACUUCUCCGUUCCGCACUUCGCUCUCCGCAGACCCUCCUGGUAUCUUUUCCCACAGCAAACGGAGCAAGACAGUCUGGCUGCGUCCUGCCUCGGAAAACUUUAGCGCUCUCCAUGCAGCACUGCAGGCUGAGUUUCAAGAGUGUGAUGCAGACCAAAGACCUUUUGUACCCCAUCUGUCUAUCGGACAGGCCAAUAGCGACCCAGGCGCACAGAGACUAAGCGAAACCAUCAAAGCUCACGCCCUGGAGUUCACCAAUGAUCAGCCUACGCUACAGUGGGAUGUUGAUCAGGUCUUUGUGAUUGAGCGCAGAGGUUUUCACGACCGCUUCCGGGUGGUGGGCGCGGUCAAUAUAGGGGGAAAAUAA